AUGACCCCGGUCGGUGGCGGGGAGUAUGCGUCCCCCACCACGCCGCAGAACGGCGCGGGCAACGGGAGCACGGACAACAUGGCCAACUUCUACAAUGAGGUCACGUCCAUACAAGACAGCAUCGCACAAUUUAGCGGCAAUGUCUCCCGGAUCUCAGACCUGCAUUCUCGCACGCUCAACAGCACCGACGACAACGCGAGCAGGCAAAACGAGGCCGUUCUGGAUGACCUAGUCGGACAGACGCGACAGCUGAGCACCGAGCUUAAGGAGAGGAUACAGACGUUGUCGUCAUAUCCGGUCACUCGCGCCCAGGACCAGGCCAUUCGCAAGAACCAGACCGCUCUUUUGCGUCAGAAGUUCGUGGAGGUGCUACAGAACUACCAGCAAGUGGAGAGGGAUUACCGGGCGAAGUACAGGCAGCGGGUAGAGCGGCAGUUCAAGAUCGUCAAACCUGAUGCCACACCGGAAGAAGUCGCAGCGGUGGUUAAUGACACCAAUGGCGCAGGUGCUCAGAUUUUCACGCAAGCGCUGUCGUCAUCAACACGCUAUGGCGAGUCUAGGACAGCCUACCGGGAGGUUCAGGACCGUCACAACGACAUUCAGAAGAUCGAGCGGACGCUUGAGGAACUGGCGCAGCUGUUCAAUGACAUGUCCGUACUUGUCGCGCAGCAGGAUGAGGCCAUUGACCAGAUCAAUACUAUGGCGGGCGAUGUGGAAGCGGACACGGGUGCUGGUCUCAAGGAGACCGAAAUAGCGGUGAAACAUGCCCGGUCAGCUCGGCGCAAACGCUGGAUCUGCUUCAUCAUCGCGGUCAUCGUUGUGCUGGUCCUCGCGCUCGUGCUCGGUCUGCAUUUCGGCCUGCAGAAGAACAACACCAACUAA